AUGGAGCGGCCCCAGGGAGCUGCGGACGGCCUCUCGCGCUGGCUCCACGGCCUCGGCCUCCUCUUUCUCCUGCAGCUCUUGCCGUCGGCAACCCUCGGUCAGGACCGGCUAGACGCGCCGCCGCCGCCCGCUGCGCCGCUGCCGCGCUGGUCCGGCCCCAUCGGGGUGAGCUGGGGGCUGCGCGCGGCCGCGGCUGCGGCCGGGGGCCCGUUCCCCCGCGGCGGCCGUUGGCGUCGCAGCGCGCCGGGGGAGGACAAGGAGUGCGGCGGAGACCGGGACUUCGACGCCAAGCUGGCCAACAACACGCACCAGCAUGUGUUUGAUGAUCUCAGAGGCUCAGUAUCUUUAUCUUGGGUUGGAGAUAGCACUGGGGUCAUUCUAGUCUUGACUACCUUCCAUGUACCAUUGGUAAUUAUGACUUUUGGACAGUCCAAGCUGUAUCGAAGUGAGGAUUAUGGAAAGAACUUUAAGGAUAUUACAAAUCUCAUCAAUAACACCUUCAUUCGAACUGAAUUUGGCAUGGCUAUUGGUCCUGAGAACUCAGGAAAGGUGAUAUUAACCGCAGAGGUGUCUGGAGGAAGUCGCGGAGGAAGAAUCUUCAGAUCAUCAGAUUUUGCAAAGAACUUUGUUCAGACAGACCUCCCUUUUCAUCUUCUCACACAGAUGAUGUAUAGCCCUCAGAAUUCUGAUUAUCUUUUAGCCCUCAGCACUGAAAAUGGCCUGUGGGUGUCCAAGAAUUUUGGGGGAAAAUGGGAAGAAAUCCACAAAGCAGUAUGUUUGGCCAAAUGGGGAUCAGAAAACACCAUCUUUUUUACCACCUAUGUGAAUGGCUCUUGCAAAGCUGACCUUGGGGCUCUGGAAUUACGGAGAACUUCAGACUUGGGAAAAAGCUUCAAAACUAUUGGUGUGAAAAUCUACUCAUUUGGUCUUGGGGGACGUUUCCUUUUUGCCUCUGUGAUGGCUGAUAAGGAUACAACAAGAAGGAUCCAUGUAUCAACAGAUCAAGGGGACACAUGGAGCAUGGCCCAGCUCCCCUCUGUGGGGCAGGAACAGUUCUAUUCUAUUCUGGCAGCAAAUGAUGACAUGGUGUUCAUGCAUGUAGACGAACCUGGAGAUACCGGCUUUGGCACAAUCUUUACCUCCGAUGAUCGAGGCAUUGUAUAUUCCAAGUCUUUGGACCGACAUCUCUACACUACCACAGGCGGAGAGACAGACUUUACCAAUGUGACCUCCCUCCGCGGAGUCUACAUAACAAGUGUGCUCUCCGAAGAUAAUUCUAUCCAGACCAUGAUCACCUUUGACCAAGGAGGAAGGUGGAAGCACCUGAGGAAACCUGAAGGCAGUGAGUGCGAUGCCACAGCCAAAAACAAAAACGAGUGCAGCCUUCAUAUUCAUGCUUCCUACAGCAUCUCCCAGAAAUUAAAUGUUCCAAUGGCCCCCCUGUCAGAGCCUAAUGCCGUAGGCAUAGUCAUCGCUCAUGGGAGCGUGGGGGAUGCCAUCUCAGUGAUGGUCCCAGAUGUGUACAUCUCAGAUGAUGGAGGUUACUCCUGGGCGAAGAUGCUGGACGGACCCCACUAUUACACCAUCCUGGAUUCCGGAGGCAUCAUUGUGGCCAUUGAGCACAGCAGCCUUCCUAUCAAUGUGAUUAAGUUCUCCACAGAUGAAGGUCAAUGCUGGCGGACCUACAAGUUCACCAGAGACCCCAUCUAUUUCACCGGCCUAGCUUCCGAACCUGGAGCUAGGUCCAUGAAUAUCAGCAUUUGGGGUUUUACAGACUCUCUCCUGACCAGCCAAUGGGUCUCCUACACCAUUGAUUUUAAAGAUAUCCUUGAAAGGAACUGUGAAGAAAAGGACUAUACCAUAUGGCUGGCACACUCCACAGACCCUGGGGAUUAUGAAGAUGGCUGUAUUUUGGGCUAUAAAGAACAGUUCCUACGGCUACGCAAGUCAUCCGUCUGUCAGAACGGUCGAGACUAUGUUGUGACCAAGCAACCCUCCGUCUGUCUCUGUUCUCUGGAGGACUUCCUCUGUGACUUUGGCUACUACCGCCCAGAAAAUGAAUCCAAGUGUGUGGAACAGCCAGAGCUGAAGGGCCACGACCUGGAGUUUUGUCUGUUUGGAAGAGAAGAGCACCUGACAACAAGCGGGUACCGGAAAAUUCCAGGAGACAAAUGCCAAGGUGGGGUGAAUCCAGUUCGAGAAGUAAAAGACUUGAAAAAGAAAUGCAGAAGCAACUUUUUGAGUUCAGAAAAGCAGGACUCCCGCCCACAGGGACACAGCUUGUCCCAGAAUCCAGCUCCGCCUCCUCUCGGACACAUUGAAAACACACACUCCCUAUCUCCCACCCAGAAGCAGAAUUCCAAGUCAAAUUCUGUUCCCAUUAUCCUGGCCAUCGUGGGAUUGAUGCUGGUCACAGUCGUAGCAGGAGUGCUCAUUGUGAAGAAAUAUGUCUGUGGGGGAAGGUUUCUGGUGCACCGGUACUCCGUGCUGCAGCAGCACGCAGAGGCCAAUGGCGUGGACGGCGUGGAUGUUUUGGACACAGCCUCUCACUCCAAUAAAAGUGGUUAUCAUGACGACUCAGAUGAGGACCUCCUUGAAUAGCUCUUCCAAAGAGCUGGGACCCAGCACGGAUGGUAGGACCACAGUACCUCUCACGCUCCCUGUGGCCCAACUCCCGUCGUUGUGAGGGACCCAGCUCUGUCCUGCUGCUUCCGUCAAAGCCAAAAGGACCUACACUAAAGAAGUGCAGGGGGGUGGGGAACCCUCAGCACUUUUUACAAUUGGCUCUGAAAAAAGGAGGAAAAACUUAAAUUCUUUAACCUUUUA